AUGUCCGGCCUCGACGACGUACAGACCGGCCGAAGGAGCCACAAAGCACCCUACACGCCACACCACCCCAUCCCCACGGUCCAGAAAUACCGCGAAGAGAAGCACGAGCGAGAAGCGGAAUACGGUGCCCCCAAUGAUGACAAUGAAGAUCGGGGGAAACUGGACAGGCUAGGCGAGGCGUAUAAUACCUUCAGACACGGACCUGAGGCGGCGCAUCCCGACGAGACGACGCAGCCGUAUAAGGCGGAGAACAAGAAUAUCGUACAAGAUGAACAGAUUGCCGAUGAUCAUGCUGGAAAGGUGGGCAAGGGGAGGGAUCCCCAGGGUGGGAAGGACGGAAACGAUGAACAAGGCGAAGGACAAGAGACUACGCAGGAUACGACGGAGAGGUUGCCAGUCAACGAGCAAGAUCCAAAGAAGGCGCGUAAGGCGAUGAAGAAGUUCUCGGGCGAGGGCACGGAGCGCGAAGUCACUGAUCCCAUUACACAUCUACCAGUCCAGAUUCAUGAUUUCACGGAUAAGGACUUGAAGAUGACGCCCAAGAAUGAUGCGCCCGUAGGUGCUGAACCGGAAACUGCUACGGGGGCAGAGAAUGCAGAGAAGGAUGAGAAGCAAUUGGAGAAUGAAAAGCAGUAUUCGCAGGAUUCAUACUCGGCAAUGGAUGCCUUGUUUCCACCUCCGGAGUUCCAGAAGACGAGAGACGAGAUUACCGAUAUCUAUCGGAAGGCCUUGACGGCUGGAUUGGGUAUUGUUAGCGGGAGCUUGACGCUUGUCAUUGCGGUGUUCCAGCUCACAAGUCACACGGAGGGAUGGUCGAGGACGUUCUCCACCUUUGCCGAAGUGGCUGUGUGCGUAGCGGUGUCGGUAGCGGUCAUAGUCGGCUUGCGUCAGUAUACGGAGAAUCGCAUCAAGGAUGUAUGGGAGACAGAAGUGUGGCAAGCGGAGCGGCAACAGGGAAGAAAGUUGGUGAAGAACCGCACGGCAGAGAGUGCGCAGUGGUUGAACUCGCUGCUUGCUUCUGUCUGGCCUCUGGUAAACCCAGAUCUGUUUACCGCUAUCUCGGACACUCUAGAGGAUGUAAUGCAAGCAUCCCUUCCGAAAAUGGUCCGUAUGGUCUCUGUAGAGGAUUUCGGACAAGGAAGCGAAGCCGUUCGCAUCUUAGGUGUCCGGUGGCUGCCUACAGGCGCGGCUGCACGCUCGGUCUCGCAGGACGGUAGGCUUCAGGCAAAGGACCAAGGGAAAAACGAUCGCACGGUGCCAGGGCAAGGCUCGCCGGGAGAAGAUGAGAAGGUUGCGGAAGGGAUGGAAGCCGAGGAGGGCGACUUUAUCAAUAUGGAGAUCGCCUUUGCAUAUCGGCCUUCGACGGGUGCGAAGAGGAUCAAAGAGCGCGCGAAAAGCGCACAUCUCUACCUGGCGUUCUAUUUGCCUUCCAAUAUCAGACUUCCUGUAUGGGUUGAACUCCACGGUAUUGUUGGCGUAAUGCGCCUGCGCCUACAGCUUACACCCGAUCCGCCCUUCUUCUCCCUCUGCACUUUGACCUUGCUGGGCCAACCGAAAGUCAGCUUGUCCUGUGUUCCUCUCCUCAAACAGAUGCCGAACCUUAUGGAUCUUCCCUUGAUAUCCCGCUUCGUGCAAUCCUCUGUCGAUGCUGCCAUGGCUGAGUACGUGGCACCGAAGUCGUUAACACUCAAUCUGAAAGAUAUGCUCAUGGGCGCCGACUUCAAGAAGGACACAACUGCCCGAGGCGUCCUGAUGGUCACUAUCAAGCGUGCAUAUGACUUCAAACAAGGUGAUGGCGGCACUGGUCCCCUGAACGGCUCUGCAGACCCCUAUGUCUGCGUCGGUUGGGCCAAGUUCGGGAAGCCGCUGUGGUCCACGCGCGUCUUGGAGAACGAGAUGGAGCCGUAUUGGGAAGAGACGUGCUUUAUUCUUGUGACGCCCGAGGAGUUGAAUGUGGACGAGAAACUGAGGGUGAGCUUGUGGGAUUCCGACCGCACCACUGCCGAUGAUGACUUGGGACGUAUCGAGUUAGAUCUCAAGGGUGUUAUGAAAGGGAAAGACACCAAUGGAAGGGUAGCUCAUCGCCAAGACGGUUUCAAAUCUCUCAAGGCAGGCGAGGGGAUGCCUGGGAAGCUCGAGUGGAGCGUGGGUUAUUUCUCUAAGACGCGGAUCACAGACGACCAGCUUGCGGCUCAAGAGGAGGAUCCCGACAUUAAGAAUAUGCAACAGUUGAAGGAUAAGGUGUAUAAGGAUGCUGAGAAUAAGUUGAGGGAGGCAAGCAAGGACGAGAGUGAUGAGAUUGAGCAGCAGAAGGCGCAGGAUCUUAAGGAGCGUCAAGAUCAGUUGAUCAUUGCGUCCCCGCCUUCGAAGGAAUACCGUUCAGGCAUCCUGAGCAUCCAGAUUCACCAGAUCACCGGUCUCGAGCUUGAAGCGCUCAACAAGAAGAAAGCAUCAAAGAACGAUAGCGCUAGCGACGAAGAAGAGGAAGGAGACGACCUGCCUUCAGCCUACUGCACUGUCAUUCUGAACCACCAGAAAGUUUUCAAGACGCGGACGAAGCCCAAGAACUCCAAGCCAUUCUUUAAUGCAGGCUGUGAGCGCUUCAUCCCCGACCUCGAAAGUGCCGAGUUGCACAUCUCGGUCAGAGAUGCACGCCCGCACGAGGAUGACCCGCUGCUGGGGGUCAUCUACCUCCCCCUGCAGAAGCUGUUCGCCGACCGCAGUCAAAUUGAUGCAAGCUACCCUCUGUCUGGUGGGGUCGGAUAUGGCCGAGCUCGCAUCUCCCUCGUCUUCCGCUCCGUACAACUACAGGCGCCAAAGAAGAUGCUGGGCUGGCAAUAUGGAACGCUGGACAUUAACCCCCUUGUUAAGGCCAUUGAUGUACCUGACGAUCUCAAGAGAAUGAGAAUGAAGAUCAGGACGAACCUCGCAAGAGGGAAGCUACAUUCGGGGCGUGAGGAUGGCGAGCUCAACCAACAUGACGGCCAUGUCGUUUGGAAGGCCAAGCGUGGCGCUCUACGUCUUCCAGUCCACCAACGAUAUGCCUCGCCCUUGGUUAUCGAGUUCCGCAAAGACUCGGCGCUCCGCGAUCGCACGCCUGCUUUCUGCGUCCUGUGGCUGCGCGAGAUUCCAGAUAAUGAGGAGCAGACGCUUCGUCUGCCGGUAUGGAAGGGCGAUCUGGAGAGGGCGGAGAAGAACACGCUUCCAGAGUGUGGCGAGAAGAUCGGCGAGAUCGAGCUGACCAUGACGUUCUGGGCUGGUCUCUCGGGCUAUCAUGGCAAGUUAGCGAAGAAGGAUCAUCACUUGCGCGAUGUCAUGGAAGUGUUGGAUACAUGCCAUGACAACGACGAGAUGGACUGGGACGGUGGAGAUUCUGAUUCUUCCUCGUCCUCUUCGGACUCGGACUCAGAAGGGGAAGAGGAGGAAUCUGGGGUUUCCAAGUCCUUGCUCAACGAAAACCCAAACCCAGAGAAGGAUGGAAACAGGGGCACAAUCGAUCAGGUCAGGGAGUAUAAGAAGCAUGCCAAGCAGCUCCAUAGGAGUAAUAGGGGAAUCAUGCAGUGGAAGGCGCCUAGGACGUUGGCGUACCUGAAGCACGUUGCGGAGAGAGGGGAGAAUAAGGUUGAAGGGUUGUUCAAGCAUGGUGACGGAGGAGGUCGAGGAAUCGAGACGGAGGUGUAG